AUGGGUGUGUUCAGUGCAGUGCUGUGCCUUAUGUCCCUAAUGUGGAUGGUGGAAGCUCGAAUUCCAGGCGUUUACACGGGCGGCGCCUGGCAAAGUGCUCACGCUACAUUCUACGGAGGAUCCGAUGCAUCCGGCACCAUGGGAGGAGCAUGCGGGUACGGGAACCUGUACAGCCAAGGGUACGGAGUGAACACUGCAGCGUUGAGCACGGCACUCUUCAACAGCGGCCUCAGCUGCGGUGCGUGCUUUGAGAUCAAAUGCGCAAACGACAAGCAGUGGUGUCACUCCGGCAGCCCUUCCAUCUUCAUCACCGCCACCAACUUCUGUCCCUCAAAUUACGCUCUUCCAAACGACAAUGGCGGCUGGUGCAACCCCCCUCGCCCUCACUUCGACCUCGCCAUGCCCAUGUUCCUUAAAAUCGCCGAAUACCGCGCCGGCAUCGUCCCUGUCGCCUACCGCAGGGUGGCAUGUAGGAAGCAUGGGGGGAUCAGGUUCACAAUAAACGGUUUCCGUUACUUUAACCUGGUUUUGAUCAGCAACGUGGCGGGUGCAGGGGAUAUCGUGCACGCCUACGUUAAGGGGUCACGAACCGGGUGGAUAGCAAUGAGCAGAAACUGGGGUCAGAACUGGCAGUCAAACGCCGUUUUGGUGGGCCAGGCUUUGUCCUUCAGAGUUACCGCCAGUGACCGUCGCUCUUCUACCUCUUGGAACAUUGUUCCACCAAAUUGGCAAUUUGCUCAAACUUUCACUGGAAAGAACUUCCGUGUCUGAACACUGGCUUCAUCCCUUUACUUUCUUUUUCAUUUUCUUAAUAUAAUGAAAUACAAGUUUAUUUCUCUUUCCAGUUUUGCCCUUAGACCCUGAUCUUUUGGAGAAAAAAAGAGUGAGUGACAGCUUGUUGUGACAAGUUCUUUGAUUUUGGUUUCUCGUUGGUGGGUUUCAUAUUUUUAAUGUAUAAUUGAGGGUGCGCGUGUGAAGUUGUACGUUCCGAUUUCUGUAGGAAAUGCUGAAGCGGCUAACAAAAAAGGGUAGCCCGCGGCAAAUUGAUAGUAGUAUUUUUUAUUUUAUACAAUGAUACUAUUGUAAUUGCUAUUAAUAUAUUGUUCCAUCAUGGAUCUAAGGAAGCGUGUUGUGAUUGUGCUUGACU